AGUGGAACGACCUGUUCAAGUAGCUAGUCAUCACCAGCAAUAGACAAAUCUCAAGACAGUGUGUCUUGAGUGUCUGAUGUUCACGGUCACUCACUCAGUCCCACACUCACCAUGGCUUGGACAAAAUAUCAGCUCUUUCUCGCCGGUCUGAUGCUCACCACAGGCUCUAUUAACACACUAUCCGCAAAAUGGGCUGAUAUGUUCUCUGCACCUGGAUGUUAUGGUACCCAAGAUCAUACCUUCUCCCACCCUUUUGUACAGGCUGUGGGAAUGUUUUUGGGAGAGCUGUCCUGCCUGGUGGUGUUCCACAUUCUCCUUUGCUAUGAUCGGCGCAAACCCGAGCCCACCAUGGAACCAGGCCAGAGUUUCAACCCCCUUCUUUUCCUCCCCCCUGCCCUUUGUGACAUGUUGGGAACGUCCAUCAUGUAUAUUGCACUGAACAUGACCAGCGCCUCCAGUUUCCAGAUGCUGCGAGGAGCUGUGAUCAUCUUCACCGGACUGCUGUCUGUAGCGUUCUUAGGACGGCGUCUGCAGCCCAGCCAGUGGAUUGGGAUCCUAGUCACCAUCCUUGGUCUGGUGGUGGUUGGACUUUCUGACUUUCUAAACGGCCAUGGGAAUGACUCCCAUAAGCUCAGUGAGGUUAUCACAGGGGACCUUUUGAUCAUCAUGGCACAGAUUAUUGUUUCAGUCCAGAUGGUCUUGGAGGAGAAGUUUGUUUACAAGCACAAUGUGCAUCCACUGAAGGCUGUUGGGACUGAAGGUUUUUUUGGAUUUGUCAUCCUCUCUCUCCUCCUCAUCCCGAUGUUCUACAUCCAUGUGGGCAGUUUUGCAGAUAACCCACGGCAGGUCCUUGAAGACGCCCUGGACGCCUUCUGUCAGAUUGGCCAUAAACCUCUCAUUAUCCUGGCACUGCUGGGGAACACUGUGAGCAUCGCCUUCUUUAACUUCGCUGGCAUCAGCGUCACCAAAGAGAUAAGUGCCACCACUCGCAUGGUGCUGGACAGUCUGCGUACUCUAGUCAUCUGGGCGGUGAGUCUGGCGCUGGGUUGGGAGAAAUUUCAGGGCCUACAGAUUCUGGGCUUCAUCAUCCUACUCGUGGGUACAGCGCUGUACAAUGGACUCCACAAACCCUUGAUGGACAAACUGCCCUGCUGCCCUAGAGAGCAGAGAGCAGAGGAGGGAGACACUCCUGAAAGAGAGAGACUGCUUGGUGGAGGAAAAGCCACCCAGGAGAGCUAAUUUUGGACGCUGAACAAAAUGCUGUCCACAAAGAAUUUUCUUAGUUUUAACAGUUGUUUCCAUUUUAAGAGAGAAUCACAUUUUAGUGUUGUUUUAGAAGUCUGAAUCAAUAUUUGAG